UACAUCUUCAAACACAGACAUCUUAGUGCUCACACAUUUUCGGUCGCAUACACUCGCGCUGCCACUGCGUGCGGAGGGGGGAGCUGCAGGAACGAGAAAGCUUCCAGGCCUCCAAGGAUGGACACCAUACCUGCGGGACGGGAUUCCAGCUCCUCGCCGAACAACAAACCAGAACUUUUCAUACCAACGACAAACUUGAAGCCCAACCAGGUCGGGGAGACGGUUCUGUACGGAAUACCCAUAGUAUCUCUGGUGAUAGAUGGCCAAGAAAGACUCUGCCUUGCCCAAAUUUCAAACACCUUGUUGAAGAAUUACAGCUAUAACGAGAUCCAUAACCGGCGCGUCGCGCUGGGCAUCACCUGCGUGCAGUGCACGCCGGUGCAGCUGGAGAUCCUGCGGAGGGCCGGGGCCAUGCCCAUCUCCUCCAGGCGCUGCGGGAUGAUCACCAAACGUGAGGCCGAGAGACUCUGUAAGUCGUUUCUGGGGGCUCAUUCGCCUCCCAAACUUCCUGAAAAUUUUGCCUUUGACGUGUCCCACGAGUGCGCCUGGGGGAGCAGAGGCAGCUUCAUCCCGGCCAGAUACAACAGCUCCAGGGCCAAGUGCAUCAAGUGUUCUUACUGCAACAUGUAUUUUUCUCCAAAUAAAUUCAUAUUUCACUCGCAUCGAACGCCGGAAUCCAAGUACACGCAGCCAGACGCAGCUAAUUUUAAUUCGUGGAGACGGCAUCUCAAACUGUCUGAUAAAAACUCCGCCAUGGAGAUAUUACACGCGUGGGAAGAUGUGAAGGCCAUGUUCAACGGGGGUAGUCGCAAGAGGACCCUGCCGGGCAGUGGAUCGGGCUCCGGCUCUCCCUUAAAAUCACAUCAAGGGCCAAACCGCACCAGAGACUCGCCCGAGAUCCCCGCAAAAAUCCUCAGCUGCGACAACACCCGGGGCGCGAUGGCCAGUACGCGCAGCUACCCGGUCAUCCCAGUCCCCAGCAAAGGCUUCGGGAUGCUGCAGAAGAUCCCCCCGCCGCUUUUCCCUCAUCCGUACGGCUUCCCAGCUUUCAGCCUGUGCCAUAAGAAAGAAGACGCGCUGAUGGGCGAGCAGAGCAAGGCCGGGCUGCCGGGCGUGCUGUGGCCCGGCAAGGACAGCUACCACUCCUUCCCCGUGUUCUGGCCCGCGGCGGGCCCGCUGCCCGUGGCCCCGUACCCGCAAGUCCCGCACAAACCCCCGGCCGAACUGCUCUGCCCUCCUCGGCAGACUGACAUGGACAUUUGUGAAAGCAGCGACCGCAGCACCAACACGUCCAAGGACAGUAUGGUUGAUAAUAACGAGCGCUGCUCCAGCAGCCAGUCCGCGCGUAACGAGGAGGACAAGUCCGGGGACGAGGGGAGGCCGGAGGGCGCGGCGCUGCCGCCCAGGAAAAUCAGCUACGUCUCCGCCUUCAGGCCCGUCGUCAAAGACGCGGACAGCAUCGCCAAACUGUACGGCAACAGGGGCGCGUACGGGGGGCCCGGGGGCCCCGGGGGGCCCGGGGGCCGCACCGGUUACCUGUCCCCCGACUUCCUGAGCGAGAGCUCCAGCUACCGCUCCGCGUCGCCCUGCGUGGACAGCGAGGGCGAGCCGGACGUGGACGUGGAGACGAACAAAACUCCGGAGGAGGAAGAAGAGGAGGAGAGGGAAGAGUCCCAGUCCCUGCUGUCCUCUGUGUGUCCUCGGACUCCUCCCGGUUUGGCGCACAGCGGGUCACAGAGUGAUUUAGAGCCGAAAGGCCUGCGGGAGGGCGGCCAGGCCGAGCCCCAGAAAAUGAGCGUGUUGGCCCAGUCCUCUGACAGAGAAGCGCAGAACAAGCUCGUAGAGCCGCACAUAGCCGCACCGUUCACUACAGUUUACACACCGGAGAGGAGUGAGCUGCAACAAAGGAACAGUCCGUUUCAGUUCAGGCCCACCAGUUACCUGACUUCAGUCCUGCACACAAAUGAUGAGAAUGGGAGUAAAGAAGAGCCAUCUUCCACAGUGGAAGAGAUCGAAACCAAAUCUUUUAAUGGACAAAGCAGCCAAGAUAACCAGCGAGAGCCGAAUCAGAACAAGGACGCACUCGUUAGAACAGAGUCAACACAAGGAGAAAUCCAGGGUGUCGCUAAAGAGGAUCUGCAGAAGCAGUUGAUGGAGCAAGUUGAGCUGAGGAAAAAGCUGGAGCGUGAGUUUCAAAGCCUAAAGGAUAAUUUUCAGGAUCAGAUGAAAAGGGAACUUUCAUACAGAGAGGAGAUGGUUCAGCAGCUUCACAUCGUUAGAGAAGCUCACGACGCUUUGCACCAUUUCUCGUGUAAGAUGCUAACUCCUCGCCACUGCACAGGCUCCUGCUCCUUCAAAUCCCCCCUUCUUCCACCGUGAGCGAGUUCUGCACGUUAAACUGCGGAGGAGGAUGGCCUGAACGGACGCACCUGCAUCUCCUGUCAAACAGCAGACCAUGAACAGCUUAAACGGACACUCUUGACCCGAAAAUAGACUAACGUGUAAUUAUUUGUAAUAUUAUAAAAUAAAUCUGUAUUUCCACCCUCAGUAUUUAUGAAAUGUGUUCAUCUGAAAUUAUGCCAUUGAUUAUAUUUAUUAUUUGUGGCAAAGUGCAAUGACAAUGUAUGUAUCUUGUAAUAGUGUAUGUUUUUUUUUCUUCUCUUUUGACAAUAACAGAAGUUUUGACCAUCAAUUCUCGUACUCUCUCAGUAUUGUAAAUACGCCUAUCACGUUUCGAUCUCAUUUAUUUGUUAAACGAUCUUGUUUAUAUAUUUAUUGUUUUUUGCAGGCCUGUAGCUCACAUUGGAUGUUGUGCACUUUAAAUGAGUGAUGGAAAAUUUACUAUAAAAGUCCUGAUAGGCCUAAAGCAUACUGAAUUUAUUUGCAGCAGGUACAAGUUUUUGUUUUUGAAGCGUGGACAAAGCAGACUUUAGUAGGCUAUAUUAGUGCAUCUGC